UCUGGGCCGGGCACCGGACGCGAUCCAGCUGCAGGGGCCGGCUCGCUCCCAAGGAGCCCGUCUGCACACACCGAAGCCCGGCCCCGGCUGCCAUGGUGGACUCCUCGGUGGCCGACCAAAUGGCCCGGUUAAAGCUCAAACUCUUGGAAAAGAAGCUCGAGGCCGAACGAGAAAACAUGGAGGAAAAUCUGGAGCCGUCCCUCGCUGCGCCAAGGAGCUACGAAGGAGAAGAUGAAAUUGUGCAGAGCGCCCUGAGGAGGAGGAAGGACCUUCUGCACAAGCUGAGGCCCCGGCCCCUCUGGCCGCCUUUGCAGGAACAGCACCUUCUGGAAGAGCUCGCCGGGCCCUACUCCUGGGGAGGGAGCCCCAGAAGGAGCUACCGGGCGGAGGGGCCCCCCGAGGGGCCCCCGGCCCCCAUCUACCCGCCCUUCCCGGCAGCGUCACAGCCGGAGCAGCCCAGGAUCAUCCAGCAGACGGUGCCCCAGCCACCGGCCACCAUCAUCCAGCAGCUGCCGCAGCAGCCCCUCAUCACCCAGAUCCCCCCGGCCCCAGCCUACGCGGGCCCAAGGUCAGGAAGCAUCAAGGAAGACAUGGUGGAGAUGAUGCUGAUGCAGAACGCCCAGAUGCACCAGAUCAUUAUGCAGAACAUGAUGCUGAAGGUCCUCCCGCCCGUGACCUCGGCGGCCCCGGAAGCGCCUUGGCUCCGGCCCGCUCAGCAGGAGCCCCAGUUUCUGCUGCGUGCUGAAAAGCCCAGGACUUCCUCUGUCCACCAUCACCACCAUUACGGCCCCCCGGGCCUGCCGGCUCUCCCCGCCCCCGGGCCCCCAGUGGGCUACCCCCUGUGGCCUUCGCUGCUUCCAGCCCCGGCCGUGACCCAGGCCCCGGGCCUCCAGCCCGCCAUCCGGCACAUGAUGGGGCCCACCACCACCGUGCCCGCCCUCAACACGGUAGCCUCCAGUGGAGCCCUCCCGGGUCUGCCCCCAGGCUUGUGAGCCCCCUGGUCCCCCACGCCGGUCCGUCUGAAGCUGCCAGGAGCUCGAGAAGGCCCAGGGGGACCCCGGAGGGGGAGCCCGGGCAGGGCAGCGGGGGCACGGCGAGUCCGGCCGGCUAUGGAGAGAAGGAGCAUCCCGGCACGCGCGGCUGAGAAUAAAACGGGCCGGGGCCAUCAAA